CGGCUUUCUAAGAGCAAGAUGACCAGCCUGGAAGAACUGCGGCACCAUUCCUCCGUCCUGCUGGAGAAGAAUAAGGACCUGAUGGAGAAGAUCCAGGAGACGGAAGCCGAUUCGGCCAGCCAAGCCAGAACCCUCCUGCAGCAAUACGACAUGUUUGGGCGGAUCAUCGCCACUCUCCAGGACUCCAAUCAGAACCAAGUUGGCGUAGCCAAAGCCGAGCUCAAAGCCGUGGAGAAGAACGUGGAGAAGAACAUGACGAAGAUGGACCUGGAGCUGAAACGGGUCGGCACCAAGGUCCACACCCUGCAGGAGGAGGUCAACCUCCUGCGGACGUACAUGGACAAGGAGUAUCCCCUGAAGGCCGUCCAGAUCUCCUCCCUCCUGCGCAACAUCCGGAACCUGAAUGAGGAGCAACAGUACGAAUUGGAAGACACCGAAGAUCUGGCCAAGCGGUUCCUGGACUCCUUAGCGGGAAAAGCCCGGGACGAGCAGGAGCGCAUUCUGCAGUCUGUGGCCGAUAAGACGCUGCUGCAGUAUCAGGACGGUUUGGAGCAGAUGCACCGGAACAACGUGGAACUGAGAAGGCAGAUAAAAGCGCAAAAGGAGGUGAUUGACGACCUGGUGAAGGAAGUGAAGGAGCUGCACAAGAGCAUCAUCGUCCUGCAUCACUCGGCUGGGGACCCCUACAACACCAUUUUUCCUGAUGUCCUUCUGCGCCGGCCCAAAUGCACCCCGGAUAUGGAGGUGGUCCUCAACAUCCCGACGGAUGGCGAUUUCCCCUUGUAGCUGCGGGAAGCGAAGCGGGAAGGAGAUGCCUGGAUUGCAAAAAAACCUUUCCGGGCUCCAUUGUUGGUUUGGUUUGGCCGUGUUUGGCCCGGAUUGCGUGCCACAUCCUGGGCAAAGCCUAGUCUUGCUAAGCCUUGCAGCUGUUUUUAAAUUUCCUCGUCCAACUAUAUCGGGGUUUUUUCUCUAUUAAAGGCAGCCCUUAUCUGA